AUGCCUGCACGACCUAAUGUGGAUAAAUCAAAGUUCUGCCGAUUCCACAAAGGCCACGGGCACAACACCGAGGACUGCAUCCACCUAAAGGAUGCCAUAGAAAUAUUAAUCAGGGAGGGACACUUGAAGCAAUACGCAAAAAAGCAGGAAGCCGCUAAAGAAGCCAAACCAAACACCAAGGAAAAACCUGCGGAGGAUACGCCCGCCAUGCAAGUGGCCAUGAGCAUCACUCGGCCGAAAGACUUUUACCUCCCUGACUGGGCUAAAUCAGCGACCGCCACCUCUUUUCACAACGGAUGGGAGAUGUUCCCCUCCGCCAUGGUCAUAUCAGGCGGGGGAUUCAGCAAGCUCACCGUGGGGUCCGUAAAACAAAAGUUCGACGAGCUACUCUCAGCCAGUUCGAGCAAAGUUGCUGCUCUCGACCAAGGAAGCCCAUCGUCUAUAUCCUUAUACAAAGAAGAAUUGCCCGGUGGGGCACAAAAUGCCACCAUUCCCCUCCUCAUCCGGGCUCGAAUGGCCAACUUUGACGUCCGACGCAUAGUCGAUCAAGGAAGUUCGGUUGACAUCAUGUACUCCCAACUGUUCAAAACACUGCAGCUUAACGACAGCCACCUCACCCCCUAUGUAGGAUCAGACCUACAGGGUUUCAAUGGCACGGUAACCAAACCAUGGGGCUUCGUCGAGCUCAUAGUUUCGAUUGGAUCGGCGGAAACCGCGAGGACCGUUAAGGUCCAAUUCCUGGUCGUCGACUACCCGUCAAUAUACCAAUGCAUCCUCGGACGCCCUACCCUGGCCGAGUUGAUCGCGGUCCUCUCAACCGUGCAUCUCAAACUCAAAUACUACACGACCAAAGGACAAGUCGCAACACUCAACGACGACAUUGACGCGGCCAGGAGAUGCUUCGAAGCCUCCGCCAAAGGCUUGAGUACGAUAAAGACGCCCGCUCAAGACAAAACAGCGACCAACGCAAUCUCCGAGACUAACAAAUCUAUGCCCCGCAUCGACACUGUCGACCUCGACAGUCGUUUUCCAGGAGAAACCGAGCAGAGCAUCAACUCAGGCACAUAA